UUGAAAACGGCGUCGUUUGACCCUAAAACCUGAAACAACCACAAUCGCUUCUUUCUUGAUUUCUCCUUCUCCUCCUCCCAAGCGCCGGCCGACUUCAAUCUUUUUUGCUAACGAAUCACAGCUUCAAUCUCUUCUUCUUUGGUUUCUUAUCUUCGAUUUCAUGUUUAUAUAGCUACCGUUUCUUUCUUCUCUAGAUGUGCCAGGAACCAGAAUCAUUUACUAAUAGAUAGAAAGAAAGCCUUGGGAACUAUUUUAUGCGAUUUUCUCCAUUCCACAUCUUUGUUGGCUUCUAGAGUUUUGGAACAUGAGUACAGGUGGAGCAUUUGGAGGAAACAGAGGAUUAAGACCAAUACCACCAGAAAAGGGCAUUUUCCCUUUGGAUCACUUACACGAAUGUGAUGCUGAGAAGAAAGAAUAUCUUGGUUGUCUUAAGUCUUCAGCUCAUAAAUCUGAACAAUGUAGACAUCUCUCUAAGAAAUAUCUCCAGUGUCGAAUGGCUAAGAACUUGAUGGCAAAACAGGAUAUGGCUGAACUUGGAUUCAGUGGUGAUAAAGAAUUGGAUUCCUCUGAAGAUAAGAAUAAAGAGAGUAUCCAGCAUUGAACUUGGAUUCUUUCAGUGGUGAGCCUCACUUUGUGGAAUUUUGGAAUUGAACAUUGAGAUAGCAUUUUAAGAUUUAGGUCCUUAAACCCAACUCACUCUCAAAGUAUAUGCUUCAUCGAUAUUGAUACGUACUUCAUAUUGGGUGAAUCAAAGCACUAUACAAAACAUCAAACAGAAGCAAAGUAUCAGGGAGGAAGGUGGUGGUGUGUGCGAGUCUUUCUUACUUUGAAUGAUGUGCCUUAUUUAUGUUCUUAAUUCCUUUGUAGACUUUUUGGGCUUAGAGAAUAUUAAGUUUGUUGACAUUUUAUAGAUUAUAGUCCAUUUUGAUUUCUCUCAUUUACGGUGAAACUUAGGAAUAAUGUGUAUUUUUUGUUUACACUGUAUAAUUUGUCCUCUUAGACCAGUUUGUUUGUUAGGUUUAUUAAUUAUACUUUUUAUUAUUGAACUCCUUACAAAGAAAUGUCAUCAUACGGUGGUUGAUGGUA